UUUAUAAACCAAGAAUCUAGCUAGUUGAAAUUGAAAAACGUAUCAUUAGUUAUUAUUACCUCAUAUUUGAAUGGAAAAUGCUUGUAUUUUAGCAAUGUUAUCGUAGUCUAACGCAGAAACAUGAAGAAAGAUAAAAUCCCUGAAGUACCUCGAAGUUAUAAACUAUCACAUCAAGUUGUUAGUUUGACAGGGAUAAGCUUUCAACGCAAAAGUAUCAUCGGACUGGUUAAACUGACAUUCCUUGCUCUUCGAGAUAGUAUAAGGUACGUGAAAGUCAACGCGAAACAAUGCCGUAUCUAUCGAGUACUUUUAAAUGACGAGCUCGAGGUACCGUUUCAAUAUUUUGAUCCUCUACUAGAGAUAUACCAAGAAAACGAACACGAACGUUCAUUGGAUAAAUUCUCUUCUGCUCAUUUAACUGCGACUCAAUCUGUUGAUCCGGAUAACGAUGCCGGCGAAUUGAUUAUUACCGUGCCACCUACAGCUCUUGGCACUUUAAUCAAUGUUGAUCAAUUUUUCGACGUUAGUAUCGAGUAUUCUAUCGAAGAACCUUACGGUGGCGUUCAUUUCGUUAUACCAGAAUGCGAAGGAACAUUGGCUGAAAAAGGAGCUCAUAUGUAUACGAAUUGCUACGAAAACUCAUCCAGGCUAUGGUUCCCAUGCAUUGAUAGUUUUGCUGAACCGUGUACGUGGGAGUUGGAAUUCACUGUUGAUGAUAAUAUGACCGCAGUAUCAUGUGGAGAUCUCGUAGAAGUCGUUUAUACCCCGGAUAUGAGAAGGAAAACGUUUUACUAUACAUUGAACAUGCCUGCUUCUGCUCCAACUAUUGCAUUAUGUGUAGGGCCAUUCGAAGUGUUUGUCGAUCCUUCGAUGCACGAGGUAACUCAUUUUUGUUUACCCGGUUUGAUGGAUAAUUUGAAAAAUUCCGUACGAAGUGUUCACGAAGCUUUCGAGUUUUAUGAAGAAACACUUUCUAAUCGAUACCCGUACACUUGCUAUAAGCAAGUUUUCGUUGAUGAAACCACCGAAGAUGUUUCAGCUUACGCUUCGUUGAGCAUCUUGAGUAUAAAUUUACUCCAUCCUAGUCAAAUUAUCGACCAAGUUUACAUUUCGAGAAAAGCGAUGGCGUUGGCAAUUGCUGAGCAAUUUUUUGGCUGUUUUAUUUCUCGGCAAAGUUGGUCCGAUUGGUGGCUAACGAACGGUAUAUCGACGUACUUAGGGAGUUUAUUUGCCAAAAAGUGUUUCGGGCUUAAUGCUUACCGAGAAUGGAUACAAAAUGAACUAAACGAAGUUAUGCAGUACGAAGAUACUCACGGAGGUAUUGUAAUGGAUCCGAGUCAGUCUUCCGGUAGUCAUCAUUCGUCGUCUAGUAAUAAACCCAAUCAUCAUAAUUUUCAUUUCCCGCUGCAAAAUAUCCAUACAAUUUCACCUAAAUAUUUAUACAUGAUGAGAAAAAAAGCUCAUCUUAUAAUUCGCAUGCUGGAGAAUCGAAUAGGUUACGAAAUGUUGUUGCAAGUUUUCAAUAAACAAUUAUCUUUGGCUUCGAAUGCAGCUCAGACUAAAAUAAAUGGUGGCCUGUGGUCUCAUAUGUUGAUCAGUACUAAUGUAUUUAACAAAGCUAUUUUCACUGUGACUGGUAAAGAUAUGUCCGUGUUUGUCGAUCAAUGGGUUAGAACCGGAGGUCACGCCAAGUUUCAUUUGAGCUGCAUGUUUAACAGAAAAAGAAAUACUUUGGAAAUCGAAAUUAGACAAGAUAAAACGCAUCAGAGAGGUGUUCAUAAAUACGUAGGACCUUUAUGUAUUCUAGUCCAAGAACUAGAUGGUACUUUCAGACAUCCUAUCAUGGUGGAAAGUACGGUUUGCAAACAUGAUAUCACUUGUCAUUCGAAAAGUAGGCGAAACAAAAAGAAAAAAAUUCCACUAUGUACCGGUGAAGAAGUCGAUAUGGAUUUGAGUAUUAUGGAUUCCGAUUCUCCAGUGCUGUGGGUGAGAUUGGAUCCAGAUAUUACCUUACUUCGUGAAAUCACUAUAGAGCAACCAGAUUACCAAUGGCAAUAUCAGCUGAAACAUGAACGCGAUGUAACUGCGCAGUUCGAAGCUAUUGUUGCCUUAGAAAGGUUCUCAACUCCAGCUACUAGAUCUGCCCUGACUGAAACCAUAGAAAACGAAAAUAUCUACGUUAAUGUCAGGUGUAAAGCUACUCAUUGUUUGACAAAGGUAGCGAAUGCGAUGGUUACUAAUUGGCUGGGACCUCCUGCGAUGCUGGCUAUUUUUAGAAAACUAUAUGGAUCCUUUUCAUGCCCUCAUAUCAUCAAGCAAAAUAAUUUUAGUAAUUUGCAACAUUAUUUUUUACAAAAGACCAUUCCUGCUGCAAUGGCCGGUUUGAGAAACGCUCACGGUUUAUGCCCGCCAGAAGUUCUACGAUUCUUAUUGGAUUUAUUCAAAUAUAACGAUAACAGCAAGAAUAGGUUUUCCGAUAAUUACUACAGAGCAGCGUUGAUCGAUGCAUUGAGCGCUACAGUGACUCCUGUGAUCACCAUUGUGCAUCAAGGAAAUAACAUAACAGCUGAUUCGUUAUCAGCAGACUCGAAACUGGUACUGGAGGAAGUAACAAGAUGUUUGAACUUGGAAAAAUUGCUACCGUCUUAUAAAUUAACGGUGACUGUAUCGUGCCUUAAAGCGAUUAGAACCUUGCAAAAGUUUGGACACUUGCCCAAUAACCCGACGGUAUUUAGAUCAUACGCGGCGUACGGAAAUUUCAUCGACGUACGAUUGUGCGCAUUCGAAGCGCUGGUUGAUUUCACCCGAUUGGACGGUCGAUGGCCCGAUCUGGAAUUUUUACUCGAUAUCAUGACCCAUGAUCCUGAUCCUGGUGCGAGACACGCGUUAAUCAGGAUGUUAUGCGAAAAUCCACCUUUCCAAAGGAACGUUUCGUCGCCGGAAAGACAUCGAUUGGAUAAAGAAGACUUAGUACAUAAACUUUGGUUAACGUUUAAUGGUUCAAUGUCGCACGAUUCCAAAAUGAGAUGCAGCGUUGCAGAUUUGUACUUCACUCUGUACGGUCGUCGUCAGCCUACUUGUUUACCCACUUCAGACGCAGUUUCCUCUUUGUAUAAACCCCAAAGAGAAACAGAUGGUUCGAAAUCAGACGUACCAUCUUCAGACCACGUAGAUUACGUCGAUAGUGAUCCUUUAGCCCAUGGUAUAAAACGGCGAAUGUCUUCGUCAGAUGAACGUGAAUCCGACGUGAUGGCCAGCGAUGAAUUAGGCGUUGUCACAGUCGAAGUGGUAGCCGGAGGCGAAGAUUUGAAUAAGAAAACAGUAAAAAUGGAGAUUGAAAACGACCCAUUGGCGGAUACGUCUACUCAGAGUGAAGUUCCUAAGAAGGAUAACGACUUGGAAAUAGUCUUGGACACCAGACCGUCCGAAGGGCUAUUACAAUCAGCCGAAUUUGAGAGUGUAUUUAUCAAAGCUGAACCAAACGAACCGAAUUCUUCGGCUACUCCAUCGACUAGUGAGAAAAGUUCAUCGAAACAUCAUCAUCAUCAUCACCACCACCAUCACCAUCAUCAUCAUAAAAAUAGCAGCAAUGAUCAGUCUAAACUCAAAAAGAAGAAAAAAGACAAGAAGAAGCACAAACACAAACAUAAACAUAAACACGAUCAUCAUCAUGAUAAAGAUAAGAAAGAUCCCGCCAAAGACGUUUCUAAAAUUAAAGUCAAAGGAGAAUCUCUCAGUUCGAGAUCGUCGAGUCAAAGCGAAGAUGAAAUUUAAUAUUUCAUAGUGAACUCAUCGAAGGCAAAAUAUGCUGUACAACUGAACGAGAAGAAGAAUUAGUUAAUUAUUCGAUAUCGCCUGCACGAGAAUCGUGUCGCGGCGAAAGUUAAUUUGCGCGAUUAAGUAACAUAAUAAUUAUUAUGGUUUUUUGGCAACAAUGAACGGAUGAACGAGUAAUUUGGCAAAUAGAAAAGGUUCGUCUUUUUCUAACAUAUUUUCUUCUGACCGAAUGAACGAAAAAAAUAAAACAAGUCUGUAAUAAAACUGUCCUCGUUUAAGAGAAAGUUUCUUCAAAAUAAGAAAAACUACCUAACGAUAAUUAUUCGAGUUAUUUAUCGCGAUGUAGGCGGUACAAUACGAUAAAUCGGAAAUUUUUUUCACAACUUGUACAAAUUAAGAAUUUUUUUGUUGUAAAUACGGUCAUCACCGUUGAAAAUUUUUCUAUCGGAUUUGUUUUUUCAUUUUUAUUACCCGUGGUUAUUUAUUAUUCAUCUUCGUGAAUUGUGAUCAUUUUUUUAUUACUGUUUUAUUUGAAGGGGCGUUAUGUAUUUCAAGAUUGUUGCAUUAUUUGCUCUUUAUUACAUAAACAUACAUAUAUUGUGAGAUUAUUGUAGUUUGGAGUAAUCUGUACUCAUCGAAAAUUUUUCGAUUUUUAUUCACGAAUAAAAGUUCAAAUGUUUUCA